UUUUCUGCUCCUCUGAACAAACUUAACGGAAACUAUUUUGUUUAAAAAAAAGAAAAUUAAUUUGUUAAGAAACAAAAAAACCCCUCCUUCUCCGCUCUUGGCUUUGUGAAAAAAAAAGGGAAAAAGAAAAAUUUGACCACCUUUUCAAGGAAUUAUCUUUCUCGCCGACACUUUCUUCUUCAAAGAACAUCUGUUUGAAUUCUUUAUUCCCUUUUAGUUUCCAAUUUUAUUCCUUUUCAAAUAAACCGAUUAGUUUAAGCAAUCGUCAUCAUCACCAAAACCACUAAUGCCUUUAAUUUAUUCAUAAUUAAUAAUUCCUUCAUCUCUUUUAGCUUUUAAUAUUUUUUUUAUGGUCUAGAAAUCAGUUGCAUUAGGUGAGGUGAUGAUACUUGGCGGCAAUUUCAUUUUAAAUUUUUUUCUGGGUUUGAAUGGCAAAUGGUUACAAAAUUUAGGGAUUCAAAUGAUUAUGACAAGCAGUGGAGGGGAGGGGAAUAAAUUUGCAGAAUUUAUGCAAAUUCAAGGAAAAAUAGAAUACAUAGAUGCUUUGGAUUGAAUUUAUCAAUCAAGGCAUAAAAUAAUAAUUUAAGGGAAAAGAAAAUGCCAGCCGAGGAGGAUAAUCAAGUUUUUGAAAGAAGGAAUGUGUUAGUUGGGAUAAAAAUUAAUAGCCGAAGUAGAGAACUACUAAAUUGGGCUCUUGUUAAGGUUGCAGAACCUGGAGAUUGUGUUAUUGCUGUUCAUGUUUGUCGAAGUUCGAGAGGAGCCUCAAAAGACAAGCCCCGGUUGGAUAGUUAUUUAGAAGUAUAUAAAGGUUUAUGUUCCCUAACGAAGGUUGAUCUUAUAGGUGAGGUCUGCUCGGGAAUUUCAAUCCAGAGGACUUUGGUUAAAGAGGCAAAGAACCAUAAUGCUGUAGCCGUGGUUCUGGGGAUCAGCACCCAAACUACAUUAGGGGCAAGGACUUCUACUGCUACAUAUUGUGCUAAACGACUACCUCCAACCACCAACGUUUUUGCUAUCCAUAAUGGGAAAAUUAUGUUUGGAAGGUGCAACAAUAAUCAACUACCAGGCCCUUUUGGAGAUCCAAAACCAAGUCUAAAUCUACUUGAAAGUCCUUUACCUGAUGAAGUUCGAUCCGAGUAUGGAGAUUCUGAUGUAGAUACAGAAAUAUCUAGUAUUGAAGUACUAACAAGUUGUGAUAGUGGAGAAUCAAGAGAUGAAGUUCCAAAUCUUGUGCCUGAACUAAGAAAAAGAUCAAGUUCUGCUUUUACAGGAGAUAUUUUGGAUCAAAGGCCCGGUUGGCCACUUCUUCGACGAGCUACUUCAGUUACUCAAGAGACUUUGCAGGCAAGGGAAUUGUCUGUAGUGCAAUGGGCAAUGAACUUACCAAAUCGUUGGCCGCAUAAAAAUCCUUUAGAAAGUGCAUCAGGAAAGGAGAGAAAUGAUGAAGUUCUAAUAGACGAAAGCAAUAGGAUUAGUUUUCAUGGAUCAGGAGAUCUGCAAAAUGCCUUGGACAUUUUGCUAAAAACAAACUCUUCCAGUUUCAAGUGGUUCAAUUAUGAGGUUCUUAAAUCUGCAACUUCAAAAUUUAGCUCAGAAAACUUAAUUGGAAAUGGAGGAUGUAACCGGGUUUACAAGGCAAUUCUUCCUGAUGGCAAGCCAGUUGCAGUAAAGAUUCGAAACUCAUCUCCAGAAGCAAGAAAGGACUUUGCUCAAGAAUUUGAUAUUAUCUCCUCAUUGAAUCACAAGUAUAUUACACGUCUUGUAGGGGUUUGCAUCAAAGAUACUAAUCUCAUUUCUAUUUAUGAUUUCUUCUCAAAAGGAAGCUUGGAGGAAAAUUUACACGGUGAAGACAAAGAAAAAAAAUCUGCAUUGACAUGGGAAGUGAGGUUCAAUAUUGCCAUUAAAAUCGCAGAAGCCUUAACUUACCUACACAAUGAACGUUCUCCACCUGUUAUACAUAGAGAUGUCAAAUCUUCAAACAUUCUGCUCUCUGAUGGGUUUGAACCACUGUUAUCUGAUUUUGGACUGGCUAUACCGGGACCAACAGCAUCAUCUUUUAUGACUCAAAGCGACGUGGUUGGAACAUUUGGAUAUCUCGCCCCUGAAUAUUUCAUGUAUGGGAAAGUUAGUGACAAGUUGGAUGUUUAUGCUUUUGGUGUAGUUUUACUUGAACUGUUAUCAGGAAGAAAACCAAUUGGCUAUGAGACUCCUAAGGACCAAGAGAGCUUGGUCAUGUGGGCAAAACCAAUGAUAGAGCAUGGAAAUACAAGAGGCAUACUGGAUCCAAAUUUAGAUGCAAAUUUUGAUGAGGCUCAAAUGCAAAGAAUGGUUCUUGCAGCAAAGCUCUGCAUUACACGAUCAGCUAGGCUUCGUCCUAAAAUGAUUGAGGUAUUGAAGCUCCUAAGAGGGGAUAAAAGGGCAGUGAAGUGGGCGAACCUUCAAAACAAAGAUAUAGAGGAUGAUGAAAAUGAUGAUGAAGUGUAUCCUAAUUCAAGUGCAGAAUUACAUUUGAAUCUUGCAUUGCUUGAUGUUGAUGAUGAUUUGACAUCAUUUAGUAGUUUUGAGCAAGGGAAUAAGUUCUCUAUGGAGGAAUAUGUUAAAUCAAGGUGGAGUAGAUCAUCAAGCUUCAACUAAGUUUGUUCUAUACCCCUUUACAGAAUUAAAAGCAUUUAGUUUUUACUUGUACAUUUAAGAGGGGACAAAAUGCAUGUACCCCCAAGUUGAGAUGUUUUGUAGGUGUAGAACUUGUAGUGAAAUCCUUUUCGGUGUGAAAAUGAAAAGGAUGAAUGUGCAGAAAUUACCAUCUUUUUUACCCUUUUUUUUUUUUUUACACAUGCUAAUGAAGAAAUAAAUCCGAAUGGAAAAACAGCCUUUUUGUAAUGAAAUAGACAUAUUUUUAUGUAGGAAAAACAAGAUGUUCCAUUUCCAAUUUAAA